UUCAAAGUUUGAAACAAUGUAUUUAAUUUGUUCAUUGGUUUAGUAAUACAUGGGGUCAAAACGUCAAAGAAAUGUCAAUAUUGUCAACAAAUGUAUAUUGAGACAGGUUCGUGGAGGUGUCCCUUUCAAUGCUCAAUUUCCUCGCUCGUAUCUACAGACAAAUCUUGAUCACACUCGGCUUUGUAUCUCACUGUGUGAAAUACAAGAAGAUAAUUCCUUUGCUAGGGGACAUGUAUUGCUUGGUUUCACAAAAUGUGGGAAAUAUUUAUUGUCCUACUAUAAAGAACUACAAGAUGACGUUUCAUUUGGAUUGUUUAAAUACACAUUGCAUUGGUGGAAGUUUAAUCUGAGAAGACCAUUACAAAAGGUUUCUCAUGUAUCUUUAUUUGUUGGUGAACACAUCGCAGAAGAUCUUCUAUUAAUAGUCUGUCACACAUUGAAUGACAAUAGAAUUCUUGUCCAUGGUUAUGCAUAUCUAGGUAGAGAUGAACAAUGCAGACAAUGUUAUGUAUCAGUAUGUUCCUCUCCACCUGAAACUACUACAGCAACAUGUGAUGACACAUGGGUUGUGCACAUGAAAUAUAACCUCCUGACACCUUUCCCACUCUUUAUACCACGCAUACAGUUCAAACUGAAAAAUACUGUUAUCCUGAAUACGGUUGAUUCCGUACUUGCUAUCACCGCGUCUCCUUGUACUGAACACGAUACACUUGAACCUACCACUAAUCCUGACGGUUAUAAAGAGCAGGGUGAUCAAACGUACUGUGUGAAUAGUCUGGUUACGGAGUCGAAGAAUGAGAUAUUAAAAAAGCACGCUGAAAAGGAUGUUAUUUUAGUGAAAAACGCCACUGAAAAGCAUAAUUCCUUUCAAACCUCAAAGUUACCUCGAGGGAAGAGCCAGGUUGCUCAAAAAAUUUCAGGUGCUAGCGACAGAGUAGGUUCCCCGACCAAGGUGAAAAGUCCGUGUACUGGGUCUCAGGAAAAAUCAGAGAAUGAAUUAGGUUCGUCAAGCACUGAACAUUGUAAUCACUGUACGUCUAAUUCAAGCAAUCAUACAAACUUGACAAGUAUCAACCAAGAAAUUGACAGCAACCCUGAAAAUAUUGAAUGCAAUGAUGGAAAUAAGUUUGUUAAAGAUGAGGAAUAUCCGAAGAUUUCGAAACGCUCCCACCUCUCAUCCUUUAGUUUUAAGACUUUUUCUAAUCGGACAGAUCCUAAAAUAUUGGAAAAUAUCUCGACUAGUACUGUCAUCGAUGGUACAUCUUAUCUCGAUAUACAAGUUAACACAGCUUCAGGUACACCCUAUAAGUUGUUGGAAAACAUUCAAGAUAAUAAAGAAGUGAAAGAUCAUACUUCUCCCUGCAUUCACACGAGAGUCAUUUCACUCGAUAUCGAAAGAUACAUUAACGAAGCGUUGAAUACUUCAGAUGAACUAAAAGGAAAAUAUUGGGCACUUAGAAAUUACAGUACUUUACUGGUUGAUGUUUGUGAAGGCAGUCAAUGUGUCAUCGUGAAUAUUGCUAUUAUACUAUCAGUACAGGAGGACACUGAGAAGGCCACAAGACGUGAAAUAUCUUCAUUUUCUCUUCUUCUCUCCUGGAGUGUUUCCACGGGCGAAGUUAACACGUUAGACAUUUCACCAAUCGCGAAAACAAGUUCAAAAUCUGAAAAACAGAUCUUCAAAGAGGGAUGUAAAAUAGUUGCCGAUCUCCACCGAAGAUAUUCGGUGCCUUUCCCAGGGUUAUUUGCUGUACAAGCUCUUUCUAAUCAUAAUGUUUUUACUGGGAAGACCCUGGAGGUUAUUAAACAUCCUUUUCAACCAAUAGCAAUUGUAUUAUAGGUUUAUAUAUUCGUGGUGUGCAACUUUGGAUAGGAUAUCACUACAUAUAUCACUAUAUAUAUCGGCACAUUGCACUGAUAUCAUCACCCCUAGGAAUCGUUCCCCAUAUGCACUUUUCUCUCACAAAAACUUGUUAUGCGAAAAGUAAAGGUUCAUACAUUGUUCAUUGAUGGCUGGAAAAAAAAUUAACAAAGCACAAUUUUUCCAGUACUUAUUAUUGCUUCAUUUUAAUUUCUACUGAAUUCCUACAUUGAUGUCAUGUGCAAAGGUCCAUAUAUAGAAGCCAGCUUAGCUUCGUCUGAUACCAGAUUCUUUGCAACAUAUUCGUGAUAUUUAUCCUUUCCUUUUCAUAUCUAAAGAAAAAAAUAAUCGUUGAGAUGAGUUUGUAUAAACCGCCACGGAAAGUGCACCCGCCAAUGUUUGUGUGGAUUAUAAUUAUUAUUAUAUUUAAUUAUUAUUGUAAUAUAAGUAAUAAGUUCGUCGUGAACUUCAUAUUUAAAUUCGUAAUGAAUUCAAAAUUAA